AAUAUAAUCAUGUCUUCACGCAAAACGGCUGGACGUCGGGCAACGACGAAGAAACGUGCACAACGCGCAACAUCAAAUGUCUUUGCAAUGUUCGAUCAAGCUCAAAUCGCUGAAUUUAAAGAAGCUUUUAACAUGAUCGAUCAAAAUCAUGAUGGUUUUAUUGAUAAAGAAGAUCUCCAUGACAUGCUCGCCUCGUUAGGUAAAAAUCCUACUGACGACUAUCUGGAAGGAAUGAUGAACGAAGCUCCAGGACCAAUCAAUUUUACAAUGUUUUUAACCUUGUUUGGCGAAAGGCUUCAGGGUACAGAUCCAGAAGAUGUAAUUAAAAACGCUUUUGGUUGUUUCGACGAAGAAAAUACUGGCCAUAUAAACGAAGAACGUCUUCGAGAAUUACUUACCACAAUGGGAGAUAGAUUCACGGACGACGAUGUUGACGAAAUGUAUCGCGAAGCGCCAAUCAAAGGAUCGAUGUUCGAUUAUAUAGAAUUUACACGAAUUUUAAAACACGGAGCUAAAGACAAGGAUGAACAGUAAAUAAAUUUCAAGUUACUUGUUCUUCGAGUUCGUGUGAUUGAGCGUGUAACACGCAUUUAUAUGGUUGCAAUUGUAAAGUUUGAAAUAUUGUAUUUUAUACAUCCUCUAUUAAUGAGAGAAUAACUGAAAGCGUAGAAUUUAUAUUAUUUUUUGAAAAACUGCCUUAUGUAAGUCCCAAAUCAUGUAAACAUUUAUAAUAUUUAUUUAAAACUGUUCAGACUAAUUUGAUCUAUAUCGUGGUACGAGUUACAAUCACCGUAAAAUCGACAAAACAUAAAAAUGUAAUAUAUAUAUAUUAUAAUACUACAUUAACAUGUAGUUGUUAAAGAGUUGGCAUUUAUAUUUUAAUAUAAUAAUGUAUUGUAUAACGAAAACGUGAUGUUUGUCUUUACAAUCACGUUACUUAACUUUUAUAUUUGAAGAGAAUAAAAGUAAACCUUUAAUA